AGUCACGUUGAGGUUUCCAUACAGUGAGGUCGAAUAGUGCUGUGGCCAAUUUUAUUUUUCACUAAAUAACUUUGCGUGAAACAUGGAAAACUAUACAUCGGACAGCAGUGACUCGGAGAACAAUGGCAAAGUACUGGACUACGCAUAUCUUCUAAUGAACAGUGAAACGGUGGAAAAUCGUUUUGACACAGUGAUAAAAGACCCGAAAAAAUCGCACCUGGACGUCGAAAACAUCAUUCUUCACCACAAUCAGUUGAACUUGCUACCUGUCAAUUUAAACAAAUUUUCCAACAUGAAAGUAUUAGAUGUCAGCAACAAUGGACUGACUAUAUUACCGGACGUAUUCGAAUACUGCUCUUUGACCACUUUAAUAGCGAAAAAUAACAGUUUGUCCAAUGAUUCUUUGCCUAAAUCUUUCAACAACACAUCGACUUUACGAGAGCUUAAUUUAAAUGGAAACCAAAUCACUAAUUUUCCAGAACAGAUUUUGGAGUUUACCAACUUGAAGUUUUUGUAUCUUGGGGGAAAUGGGAUGCUCUUCAUAUCAAAAAAUAUUUACAAACUGCAAAGUUUGCAGGUUUUAUCUUUUGGUGGAAAUAAUUUGACCGAAGUUCCUGCAACUUUGGGACAUUUAAAGCACCUCUACGCCUUGAUACUAUGCGACAAUAAACUGGAAGGCCUACCAGCCAAUAUUGCCAACCUACACAACCUUAAAUCGCUCAUGUUGCACAAAAAUCAUUUAAGAACCCUUCCUCCUGAAAUUGUUGCCCUAAAAAAUCUAACAGAGUUAAGCCUUCGAGAAAACCCCCUGGUAGUAAGAUUCGUCUCAGACAUGAGUUACAAUCCAGGUUCAUUACUUGAACUAUCAGCCAGAUCUGUAAAAUCACACAAUAUGGACGUUAAACCUGGAGAUGUCCCGCUUACGCUGCUAGAUUAUUUAAAUUCUGCCCAUCACUGUGUAAACCCAAAUUGCAAAGGUGUGUUUUUCAAUAACAGAGUGGAGCACAUAAAGUUCGUUGAUUUUUGCGGCAAGUACCGCAUACCGCUUCUUCAGUAUCUGUGCUCUUCGAAAUGCGCAAACGGUCCAAAGGAAGACAUCGUCCGACCAUCCAAGUCAUACCUCAUGAAAAAAGUACUUUUGGGUUAAACAUUUACCUGUGAUUAUUAAUAUGUUUAUAUAAAUUUAAAUUUGUAAAUGUUGAAUAAAUAAAUAUUUAUUUUAUAUU